AUGGCGAAAAGGAGACCUGCAACGUCUACAGCUUCCACGAAGCUACCUAUACCUGGCCUACGAUGGAUCAUUGUAGGAAUAGCUAUUGCUGUAUGCUCAGUAUUGGUAGCCAUGAUUAUAUAUAUAGACGUGGAGGUAACACCAUUAUCGGAAAUGUUUUUAACUCAAAAGUAUUUUCCUCCUGGUCAAGGACUACGACCUAAACUUAGACGUCGUACCAGAUUAAAUCCAGUUUCAUGUGAAAAUUAUGGCAUGGAAAAGGAUGAUCUAUUUGCAAAAUUGGACGGCCAGCAAUGUGCACAAGCAGCAUGGGAAAGUAAUGCUGAGACAGAAAAAGAAAAUCGCUACGUUAGUAAAAUUGAUUCGGUAUACAAGUCCUUUGUUAACGCCAGUGCCGCAAAACAGUAUUAUGCAAGUUGCUGGGGGAAUUAUAGUUACGAAUUAUUGCCCAUGCUAUUGUAUAACAAUGAAACAUCAAAUGCCCCGAAAGUUGGUGAUGAACACAAGGCAUUUUCGUGGGAUUAUUUGGUCGCAAAAAAUGAUCCAGAUGAACAUCGACAAUCUCUAUUAACUGACGAAAUUAAAGCCAUUUCUCGUCAUGUCAUUUACAUUUUUAGGCAGGAUAAGAUCGUAGUAAGAAUUUUAGUUCAGGGAUUUUAUAAUAGUAAGGAUCAAAGGCUAAAUGUAGGAUUGGCGGGGAGGUUGGGUAGCCAUAUAUCUGAUUUAAUUACCAAGUUACAACCAUCACCAUUGCGCAGUCAGUUCAUUGCAAUGCAGGAAUCCUUAAAAUUGCUAUUAAAGAAAGGGUUACCAGAUACUGCUGGAAAGUUAACCGAUACUGUUCGGUUAAAUAUUGAUAGAAUCACUAGUAAACUGGGUUAUGAAUUUUUUCGUAUAUUUUCAAACAAAUCAUCGAGCGAAAAUCCUUCAUUAUAUCCUAAGCCUGAUGAGAUUUUAACUCAUGAUGUUAUAUUACCGACUACAACCUUUGAGAGAUACACUAUUCCUCCCAAAAAGAAGUAUUUGAUAUCACAGGAAUAA